UUGUAUUUAGAAAGUCAACAAAAUAGUAUUAUUUAUGUUAUAUACAUUUGUAUUGAGGUCAAAAGGCUUCGAGGGCACGAGUAAUCUAUAAAAAUAGCAAUUUCCUUUUAUCUUUUAUUUCUCGGCGGGAAAAACUAAUCGACGUCUCUUCAUCUUCUCGGCCGCCGUGGCGUUAGGGUUUUUUCCUUUUUUAUAAUUCUUCCACGUUCCCGUACUCUCAAGGUUCUUUUUUCUUCUGUGACGAUCAUCAUCAUGAGAAACUCGGUGAAGCGGGAAGCGGAAUCAACCAGAGAUCGCAGCAGAGGAAGAGAAGCAGAUGACUCGUCGCCGGAGAGACCUAAGAUCGUGAAGAAGGAGAAGCAGAGUAAAGUCGUGAUUGCUGGGUCUCAGGAGCCACCGAUUCAGAAGGAGGAUGAUCAAGGAAUUGCUGAUCGGAGAGCUUUAAGAUCUCAGUACCUCACUCUUAACCACAAGAUUAAAGAUGCUAACGAUGAUUUGACAAAAAUUGGUUCUGACAAGUUCAACCGUAUCAUUACUGAGGUUGAGAGUUUGCACAAGAAAGUUCAGAAGCCUAGAGAGCAAGUUGCUGACGCGGAGGUUCUUUCGGAUUUAGUGGAUAGGGUGGUUGCAUCAGUGAAAUCUCUGUCUGCUCAUGGUGGUGUUUCUCCAGCUGAGUUUGUUAAUGCCUUGAUCAAUGGGUUUGGGAAGACUUCUUUGAGAAUCGAUGCUGAUGAUAGCACGCAAGUGUCCAUGAAGUGGAAGGACCUUGGUUUUGCGGUUUGCUCUUCGGUUAUUGUAUCAUAUGGUUGUUCAACAAUGUUAGGUCCUAUGGAUACUAAAUUGAAACAAAGGAAAAGAGCAGUGGGAGACAGAAAACGUACAAAGCCUGGUGCAGGUGUUAAGCCAGAGGAGGUUGAUGAAGCUGAAAAGAAAACUGAUACAGACAAUAACAUGGCAAUGAUGUUUAGCAUCUUGGGGAAAAACAAACGUGUCAAGUUUGAAAAUUUGGUGCUUAAUAGGAAAUCAUUUGCUCAGACAGUAGAGAAUGUGUUCGCACUAUCAUUCUUGGUGAAAGAUGGAAGAGUUGAGAUAAAUGUUGAUAAAGAUGGUUCUCAUUUCGUUGUGCCGAGGAAUGCUCCUGAUGGGAACGUGGUGAUGUCAGGGGAGGUCGUUUAUAGCCAUUAUGUACUUAGAUUUGAUUACAAAGAUUGGAAGCAAAUGAGUACAAUGGUGGCAGUGGGAGAUGAGCUGAUGCCACACAGGGAAACCCAAGUCGUUUCAUCUGCUUGUGAUUUGGCAUCAAAACUUUCACAAGAUUCGAGGAAGCAAGGUUCGGUGGUUCAAGAGGAAACAGCUCUGGAAGAUUCUUCUGACAUGGAAGGCGUUAAUGAAGAUAGUAAAAAUGGUGAAACAGGCCGGGAAUUCAAGGUUAGGAAGACUACUCACUUGUGAAGAUGAACUGACUAGUCCUUUUUUUAACUUAUCCAUUUGGGGGGUACAUAGCAAUGUUUUUAAUAUAACAUGUAUUUCGGUUCGGUAGGAUUAGGAAGCAUGUCCUGAUGAGGUUGAUAGAUGUAUUUUAAUGGAUUGUUUCUGGUUAGGAUUGUUUAUUUUGGUUGAUGGUAGGUUUUUGAAGUUUAGGGAGAGGCCUUGGCUUUUUAUCUUGUCUUAGGCAGCACAGAAGGUUAAGAUGUGCUAAUGUUAGCGUACUUUGGACUAUUUUCCUAAUGGCUAAUGCAACUCGUCGCUUAAUUAUUAUUAUUAUUGCUC